GAGAGAGAGAGAGAGAGAGAGAGGGGGGGGCGGCCACGGUCAUAUUGGCUACUUGUGACUUUUGGGAGGAACGAGUAAAAAAUAACCCAACUUUCGUCGUCUCUGCGUCCAGGAAAAUGCUGCCCUGGAGUAACGUCCAUUGAUCCCAGCUACGCCGACCGCAUCAGCUGAUCGCGCCGGGCCACCUCAUCGCUCGCAACGAAGGCUGUGUGUCCUCUGUCUCUCCGUGGAAAAUGAGUUUCUUCGGCUUCGGCCAGUCCGCCGAUAUAGAGAUCACGUUGGACGGCGCUGAGACGCGAAAGACCGCGGACAUCAAAUCCGAGGAUGGCAAGAAAGAGCGGCACCUGCUCUACUACGACGGCGAGACCGUGUCCGGCAAGAUCAACAUCAGUUUACGGAAAGCUGGUAAAUUGGAGCAUCAGGGUGUUAAAGUAGAGUUUAUUGGACAAAUCGAGCUAUAUUAUGAUAGAGGUAACCACCAUGAGUUUACAAGCUUAGUGAAGGAAUUGGCGAGGCCAGGCGAGUUAACACACAAUACAGUGUACACAUUUGAGUUUCCAAAUGUGGAAAAACCAUUUGAGAGUUAUACUGGCUCCAAUGUGAGACUAAGAUAUUUCUUGAAAGUGACAAUUGUACGAAGACUUAGUGACAUUGUUAAAGAACUUGAAUUAGUUGUGCACACUCUUAGUUCCUAUCCAGAUAUGAAUAAUCCCAUUAAGAUGGAAGUUGGAAUUGAAGACUGUUUGCAUAUCGAAUUUGAAUAUAAUAAAAGCAAGUAUCAUUUGAAGGAUGUAAUUGUGGGUAAAAUAUAUUUUCUUUUGGUUAGAAUAAAAAUAAAACACAUGGAGAUAGCAAUCAUCAAACGAGAAACCACAGGUUCUGGUCCUCAUACGUUUACCGAAAAUGAAACUAUAGCAAAAUACGAAAUUAUGGAUGGUGCACCUGUUCGAGGAGAAUCUAUCCCUAUAAGAGUAUUCUUGGCUGGAUAUGAUCUAGCGCCUACAAUGCGCGAUAUUAAUAAAAAAUUUAGCGUUAGAUACUAUCUGAAUUUGGUUCUUAUGGACGAAGAAGAUCGGCGAUAUUUCAAGCAGCAAGAGAUUACAUUGUGGAGGAAAGGUGAGAAAAGCAGAAAAUCACAAACGGCCUCGCCACACAUGCCGUCGCAUUUAGUAUCGGCGGAAACAGGAUUCCCGCAAGGUGCUCCUCAGAAUGGUCCACCGUCAGUGCCGCCUGGUUCCGAUCAACUGCCAACGAGUAACAUCACGAACGUAGAGGAUACUCCAGCGCCAAUCGAAGGCAUGACACGAGAGGAAGGUGACGGCGAGGGAGAGAAGGAAGGUGGUCCAGAAAGUGAUUGAGCCCUUGCAUGUAGUUCUAUCCCUGGUGUCAAUUACGGCCCAGAUUAAAUGAGAAUGUUAAGUAAGGAUAAAAUGUGCAGCGCAAAGGGAUUAGCUUAAAAAAAAUUUCUCCUUUAUGCACGUUAGGAGAUAUGUUUUUAUUGAGAAAAACAGCGGGACACAUAAAGAACCUGCUAGUAAAGUUGUAAAUAUUUUGGAUACCAUAAA